UGGAAAGAUGGCGAAUCGGACUGUGAAAGACGCUCAUAGUGUGCAUGGGACUAACCCUCAGUAUUUGGUGGAGAAGAUUAUCAGGACUCGCAUAUAUGAAUCGAAGUAUUGGAAAGAAGAAUGUUUUGGGUUGACAGCUGAGUUGGUGGUUGAUAAGGCCAUGGAACUUAAAUAUGUUGGAGGUGUUUAUGGUGGAAACAUAAAACCAACCCCUUUCCUCUGCUUGACCUUGAAGAUGCUACAGAUUCAGCCUGAAAAAGACAUCAUUGUGGAAUUCAUAAAAAAUGAAGACUUCAAGUAUGUGCGAACCUUGGGUGCCCUGUACAUGCGGUUAACCGGCACUGCCACUGACUGCUACAAAUACUUGGAGCCUCUUUAUAAUGAUUACAGAAAAGUUAAAGUCCAAAACAGGAAUGGAGAAUUUGAACUGAUGCACGUGGAUGAGUUCAUAGAUCAGCUACUACAUGAGGAGCGUGUCUGUGAUGUCAUAUUACCACGGUUACAGAAACGCUUUGUUCUGGAAGAAACAGAACAGUUAGAUCCAAGAGUCAGUGCACUGGAAGAAGACAUGGAUGAUGUGGAGUCCAGUGAAGAGGAAGAGGAUGAGGAUGAAAAGGGUAGAGAUCCUUCUCCCGAACAUCACAGAAGAAAUUAUAGAGACCUUGACAGACCACGUAGAUCUCCCUCUCCUCGUUACAGAAGAAGCCGUAGUCGUUCACCAAGAAGACGCAGUCGCUCUCCUAAAAGGAGAAGUCCUUCUCCACCUCGUCGGGAAAGACAUAGGAGCAAAAGCCCAAGGCGUCAUCGGAGUAGGUCUAGAGAGAGACGACACCGAUCCAAAUCCAAAUCUCCAGGACAUCAUCGAAGUCACAGGCACAGAAGUCACUCCAAGUCACCUGAGAGGUCAAAGAAAAGUCAUAAGAAGAGCAGAAGAGGGAAUGAGUAACAAAAAAAUCAUGUACUUCUUACAGUCAAGAACUUUUUUGUAUAUAAUUCAAGGAUUUGUAGCUUUUGGAACCAUGAACAAUUCUGGAAUGCUAUUAAAUGAUUGGUCUUUUGAUUGCUUUUAUUUUUUUUUUUUAAUAAAUUGCUCAUUGUUAGUCUA